AAAAAAGGAGGCAUUUUGAAGAUAUAUAAUUUUUUCAAAAAAAUCAACAAGUACAGGUGAUUCUUUUUAAUAAAAACUAGAAAAAACCGGGUAACUUUAAGCCUAUUUUAUAAUUUGUGCCGAGAAAAGUUUUAGUUUUGAUGGAUUGAGAAGCUACUUUAUUUAUAAAAAAAUAUAGAAAACAAUUAAAAAACCUCUAAACUUCGCCUUCAAAACAAACAUGUUUUUUUGACCUCAACGUCAAUCAUCAGUCGAUUUCCAUCCCGAAAUCGAAAUUUCCAGCAAACAAACAACCCGCCCGAUUCCCCGAUGGAUCAUCAUGACAACCCGAAAUCCCUGAAGGCCAAAUCCGAACCCAAAAUCGCAUUGAAAACCGCCUUCCUCGCCAAAUUCACCGACCCCAAUCAACCCACUUCCUCCACGCCCCACGACCCCUCCAACCAACACCAAAAAGUCGCCAUACUCGACAAACGCUACCCCCGAGUCCUCCUCACCGACCACCAAGUCAGCAUCCUGCAGGACAAGCUGGUGGAAGCGCUGGAAACCGCCCCCCGCGGCGACGAGAGCUACAAAUUCGAGGGCACCGAAUUCAGCGAGGGCGUCCUCUGGAUCCGAUGCGCCAACGAAACCACCAAAAACUGGCUCAAGGACACCGUCACGCUGCUGGGCAACCCUUGGGCGGACUCCCAGCUGUCAGCGGUGGAUCACAAGAACGUGCCCAGGAGGUACACGGUGCGCCUCAUCCUGCAGGACUCCGACGACGAGGCGAACGUGAGGGCGAGGCUGGUGCGACAGAACUCCGAGCUCAAUCUGCCCGAUUGGUUCCUCGUCGAGAGGAGCCUGCAGGACGAGCAGCAGAUACUCGUGUAUUCGGUCGACGAGGACACGCUGAGAGCGCUGGAGAGGAAUAGCAAUAAAAUGUAUUACAAAUUGGGCACGGUGGGGAUUAAAGUUGUAGAUUUCGAUUACGGUCAAUCGGACUUCCUUAAACACGUUAAAUAAGUGGUUUUAGAUUAAAUAACUGAAGCUUAAUUUAGAACGCUGUCACU